UGUUAUAAUCUAUACUUCACGAUUUACUAUGAGAUGUAAAAAUACGUAUUAAAUCGUAUUCACAUGUUAAAUUGCAUCAUAAAACACAUCCGAUUUUCGGUCAUAACAUUAUGUGAUUUAUCACAGAAUAAUUUUCAGUAGGGUUGAUUACAGUACAAAUCAGACCGCCGCUACCUAAGAAAAUAUGACGUCACAACAGAAAAACAUUCAUUAGGCAUAUGGACGUGCCUACAGACCAACUUCGUGCUAUAGACGUGCUCUAAGGUUUUAUCAUGGAGCAAUAUUAAUGGUUUUAUAUAUUGCAAAUUUCAAAUUACCCUCAUGGUGUAUUACACUACGAUUACCCUUAGAUUCUCGUCAUUUUCUUCUCAUGUUAAGUUUUCGAACAGAAUAUCUUUCGUGGACACUUAUCGGUCUAGAAUGAAAGCAUUGUGAUUUUCGAUAUUCAAAUUGUCACCGCAAUCGGUUAAAACUUUGGAACGCACCAAUUACAUCACUGAACUCGAACGAGUGCUUCGAAAUCUAUCGGCACAACAGAUAACUCGCCGAUACGAUCCCCAGAUGUCGCUACGAAUAUUCAAUAAUCGCAAAACAAGAGACUAGCAUGAGAAAUGGGUGGGAAAACUCGUGUUAGUAGUAUGCAUGUACCGUCUUCUCAAGUGGUCUGUGGUCCUUCUACCCCGCAUCCGAUGGUAUUGGGUGAAACAGUGUUGCGAUAAUAAUGUCUCAGUUGGAUCUCGACCCUCAAUUCAUGCAAGGACUCCGUCUCCUACAUUCGCCGAACAAGGAUUCAGCAGAACAACUUCGGUCCCUUCUUGAUGACGCAAUCAGACAAAAACAUGGUCCAGCGAAAAUGCUCUGCAAUGUUCUCCAUAAAAAGUACACAAUGGAAGAGCCAGUGCUUAGUGACCACAGCAGUGGUAGUAGCAAGAAGAGCAAAGGAUCCACCACGUCAUCCAAGCACUCGAGCAAAUCGAGUAAAAACAGUUCACCCAUCAACCUACCUUCGCACGACACUCCCCCAGAUAUUAUCCAGACAGAUGACACUUUCGCCCUAGAGAUUCUAGAAGAUGAUUUAACAUGCGUCAUUUGCAAGGGAAUGGAUGUAGGGGCAAGGAACCGACUUGUGGAGUGUGUAGAAUGCCAUUCUCUCUAUCACCAGGAGUGCCAUACGCCUCACAUUCUGGAUACUCAAAUAGAUGAUCCGAGACUAGUUUGGUAUUGCUCGAGCUGUUCAAAAUCUCAACAGGCGUCAAAGGACAGAAGUUCGCCGCGAACUAUUGCCGAAGGAAAAUCAAAAGAUCACAAAAAAUCAUCAGGUUCCACCUUGAAGCAUUCCGACAAGUACAAAUCAACUUCUGGUAACGCUACCUCGUCACAGUCGAAUAGUGGCGGCAGUACACCAACAGGUGCAUCUAGUGCACCAAAACUCACACCGAAUAUAAACAUUGUCAGUGGGGACAGAAGAUUAAGGGAUAUGAUGAAGAAAGUGAAGCAAGAGAAACGCAGUAACAGUAGUGGUAGUAGUAAGCAUUCUUCGUCAAAUGCACUUUUAUCUUCGUCGAAAACUGCCCAAGAUAAGUCUUUACUGUUUAAGAUAAAAUCGGGCUCAGAAUGAAUGAUAGGAAUUAAAUCCUUUUUUUUUAUGUUCCUCUCAUGCCGAGCAAUCUUGCUUCGAGAGCCGAUUUUGGAUUGAAAAAAACUCUGUAUGUAAAUGUAUCAAAGUAAAACAACCUUUUUUUUUAUUCAAAAAAAAGUUUAUC